GGGCCGGUGUGUCUGUGUGAGAGUGGGAGAGGGCCUAUAAAAGCCAAGUCCUUAGUGAUGGGAAGAUUCAGAACCCUCUUUUAUUCUUUGUUGCUUCUUCUACCUCUGGCUCCGAUCCCCAGUAGCUUCCUGAUCAGGUCCGUCUGAGGUCAAUUCGCUUGUCGCCAGGUCUUCUUGCUCCUCUUCUUCUUCUUCUCGCAGCAUCGCCAAUGGCGGUCGACAGAAUCACUGACGACAUCCUGGUGGAGAUCCUGUCGCGCGUCCCGGCCAAGUCGCUCUGCCGUUUCAAGUGCGUCUCCAAGCACUGGCUGGGCCUCACCAACGACCCCCAUCACCGCAAGAGGCUCCCCCAAACGCUGGCCGGCUUCUUCUACAGCGGCAGCAGCCGCAAAACGGAGCAGCGCUUCCUGGAAUCACCUGUCGUCUUCACCAAUCUCGGCGGGACUCAAUGCUGCCGCCCGCCGAUCGACACCUCUUUUGCUUUCCUGCCCAGCCACCGGCGCCUCGAUCUGCUGGACUCCUGCAAUGGCCUCCUCCUCUUCCGCUGGUACGACGUCUCUGGCAAGUACGGCGAUUUCCGUUACAUCGUGUGCAAUCCUGCCACGGAAGAGUGGGCAGCCUUGCCGGACUCCGGCCAGGAGGACAAGCUGACUCGUCUCACCAUGGAACGCACCGCGUGGCUGGGCUUUGACCCGGCCGUGUCGCCGCAUUUCCAUGUGUUUGAGUUCGUCGAGGAGCUUGAUCCCAGGGCCCAUUUCUUGUCCAUAUUCUCGGUGCAUGACACCGAAACCGGAGUGUCGGUGUACUCGUCGGAAACCGGGGGAUGGGUUCAUAAGGAGAAGAGAUCGGACCAACUUAUCAGGCACACCAAGCGUCGGUCAGCGAGUGUCUUUGGUAAUGGCAAUCUGCACUUUCACGCCUUUGACCGUGAGUACACCUGUCGUCUAGCUGCGGUGGACACGGAGGCGGAAACAUGGAUGAACUUCGGUGUCCCUGGCGGUGUGCUUUGUGGUUUAAUCCAGUGGUCUCAGGGCCGCUUGCACUAUGCCAAUUUUCAGGGAGGUGAAGAUGGUGCUGCCUUUCGACUUGUGGUUUAUGUUCUUGAGGACUAUGGCAGCAAAGAAUGGAAGUUCAAACAUAGCGUUGAAAUGGCAUACAUAUUCAAAGGGAUGUCGUCUUUUAGCUACGAGGACUUCGAUUGGAUUGCUAUUCAUCCGGACUGUAACUUGAUAUUCUUUGCUGUGGGGUGGAGGUAUUCCACAUUCAGGUCCUACGAUAUGGAUUCUCGGCAAGUCAAAGUGAUCUGCGACCUUGAAGAUGGCCGGCCGCCAUAUCUGCCGUAUGUGCCGUUGUAUGCAGAGUUACCAUCAUUACACGUUAGGGAUGCUAGCGAGAUCCCGCAUAUGUCCGGCUUGUGACAUCAGUAUAAGAAUGAUGGCCCCUUUUUAAGUGGAUCUGGUAUGGUUGGAGUCAAUUGUUUGCUGCUAUGGAGUAGCGAGCGCGUGGUAUGGCUUCUUCAAUUUGGUUCUCGUUUUCUCUAAGUUGAGUGCUGAUGUCUGCAUGUUUUCAAGUUUGGAACAAUUGUAGUUCAGUAUGGAAGCAACUUGGCUGAUUUCUAGUUACUGGAAUUUUUAAUGUACUUUCUGGUGUAUGUACUUGUUUCUGCAUGCUAGUGGUAGACGGCUGCCUCUGCAUGUCCGGUUAGUAUGAUAAUAAAAGGCCUGAUCAACGAUUAUGAUGUAGCUUACUCAGAUCUUCUAUUUGCACUUGGGGGGCGAAGUUGAAGCAUCAAUCUAAUCAACAGAGACCUGGUGAACUA